UUGACCGACGAGUUGGUAUAUUGUCUGGUACAAUAUGGAGAGUGUGAAUAUUGUGGGCAAGUAAAAACUGAUGAUAGAUGGUGCAUGACAUGCAAUGCUAAGCAUUUUCAAAAGCUUCGGUGGACAAGUGGCAACGACAUGAUUGACAAAUUCAUUCGAGACAUUCAAAAUAGUGCAACUAAUCGUCAUAAAGUUUUGGAGUGGGUUCCGUAUGAGAAUUUCUCGGAGAUCAAAUUUAUUGCUAAAGGUGGUUACGGAAAGGUGUAUAAAGCCAGAUGGAACGGUGGAUUUAUACACUACUUUAAUAAUAAAACCCAACAAUGGCGUAGAAAUGGCGACAUGGAUGUGGUUCUUAAAAGUUUGUAUGGUUCGAAGAAUAUAACCAAUGAAUUCUUAGAAGAGUCUUCAAAUGAGGUCACAUUAUGUACAUGGCAAUACGAUUGA